GUGUGACGCGACGGAGCGCGCGCCGCCACGAGAGCAUGGGGACCUUCGGACGCUCGGCUCUGAUUCGGGCCUUUCUGCUGACUAGCCUGUUGUGCCUUCACGCUGCGUGUGGAAACCGCUCUCCAUCCUCUCAACAGCCCCGUGUGGGCCUGCCACCCGCCAAAGGCGAGGGCGGGCGAAGGGAAGGCUCCGGUCAGACGCCAGCCGACUUCCCGCCGAAGGGAUUGGGAUCUUCGAGGAACACAGGAGAGCUGCGGACCUCGAAAUUAAAAGACCUUUGGAAGAAGUGGGACCUCGGUGGCCGUUCGCAGCGUAAGGAAGGGAGGAAGGAGUACGCGAAAUGGAACCUUCUUUCUAAGAAAACCCCGCAGCAAAAGGACGAUUCUGGCUCCACCUGGCAACCACCGCAGUUCGAAUGAUUUCUCCACAAAUGCCUUAACUGACGAACGCAUUGGGAAAAGCAAUUGAGGAACGAAAUACAGAAUGGAAAGUGGAGAUCACAAAAUGCAAAUAUUACCUUGAAAACUGAAUGGAAGAGCAGGAUAACAAUCAAAAGUCACAUAGACUUAUCUCUCUUCUCUUCAUUCUUCACUCGUUCGUUCAAAAGUUUAAAUUAUAAGGAACCAUGAUUGUGCUGUUUUCUUUUUUGUUAGCCAAAGAAAAAUAGAUAAUCUCAAAGUUGAAAAA